CAAGUGAUCCACCCACCUUGGCUUUCCAAAGUGUUGGAAUUACAGGUGUGAGCCACUGUGUCUGGCCUUAUGUGUUGCAGAACUCCCAUUACUUUCCUAGGAUUCCUGGUGUGCCAUGUGUGGCACCUGACCAUCUAACAUGGAAUAAAUGAAGGCACCAGUGUCAAUCCAUAUUCAUGAAUAUUAGUAAAUAUUAAUUCCUACUUGUUAGAUGAAAAUCAUAAAUACGUUUAAUUUUUUCUCAUACUUCAGCAUAACCCUUGGCACCUCUGGUAUGUAUUUUCCUGGAUUAUAGGUAAUGUAUGCAAAGACAAAGUGGCAGUAGUGACAAUGGAGGGCAUAGAUGGAAGAUUUAGAAAAAUAAUGGACAAUUUAGGUGUGUAAGAAAAGGAUAGAGAUAAGAAUGGCUUCAUAGUUCCUAGCUUGUGCAGUGGUAAUGUUUUUAAUAGAAAUACAGAUUCUGAAGGGAUCUGUAGUAUAUACUAUUUUGAAUAUUUGGAGGUUGAAUUGCAUAAGAAACAUCAAAAUGCACAAGUUCAAUGGUUAUUGGAAAUAAGUGUCUAGAGCUCAGGAGAUAAGUCAAAAUGGAGAUUGUAAUUAGUCAUCAUGUAGGUGAUAGUUAAAAACUGAGGAGGUAUGUAAAGAUAAAAGAACUGAGACUAGAUCUCUGAGAUACUAUUAUUUCAGGUUUGCCAGUGAAGACACACACAGAUCAGAAAGGUAGGAGAACCAAGACAAAGUAGAAGCUGUUUCAGACAAGGCAAGGGAGGUGGUUGACUCAAUGGUUCAGCAUUUUAAAGUAACUAUAUUUGGAGACCGUAGACCAGUUUAUGAUGGAAAAAGAAGUCUUUACACCGCCAACCCACUUCCUGUGGCAACUACAGGGGUAGAUUUAGACGUUACUUUACCUGGGGAAGGUGGAAAAGAUCGACCUUUUAAGGUGUCAAUCAAAUUUGUCUCUCGGGUGAGUUGGCACCUACUGCAUGAAGUGCUGACAGGACGGACCUUGCCUGAGCCACUGGAAUUAGACAAGCCAAUCAGCACUAACCCUGUCCAUGCUGUUGACGUGGUGCUACGACAUCUGCCCUCCAUGAAAUACACACCUGUGGGGCGUUCCUUUUUCUCAGCUCCAGAAGGAUAUGACCACCCUCUGGGAGGGGGCAGGGAAGUGUGGUUUGGAUUCCAUCAGUCUGUUCGGCCUGCCAUGUGGAAAAUGAUGCUUAAUAUCGAUGUUUCUGCUACUGCCUUCUACAAAGCACAACCUGUAAUUCAGUUCAUGUGUGAAGUUCUUGAUAUUCAUAAUAUUGAUGAGCAACCAAGACCUCUGACUGAUUCUCAUCGGGUAAAAUUCACCAAAGAGAUAAAAGGUUUGAAGGUUGAAGUGACUCAUUGUGGAACAAUGAGACGGAAAUACCGUGUUUGUAAUGUAACAAGGAGGCCUGCCAGUCAUCAAACCUUUCCUUUACAGUUGGAAAAUGGCCAAACUGUGGAGAGAACAGUAGCACAGUAUUUUAGAGAAAAGUAUACUCUUCAGCUGAAGUACCCGCAUCUUCCUUGUCUGCAAGUUGGGCAGGAGCAGAAACAUACCUACCUGCCGCUAGAAGUCUGCAAUAUUGUGGCAGGGCAACGAUGUAUCAAGAAGCUCACAGACAAUCAGACUUCCACUAUGAUCAAGGCAACAGCAAGAUCUGCACCAGAUAGACAAGAGGAAAUUAGCAGAUUGGUAAGAAGUGCAAAUUAUGAAACUGAUCCAUUUGUCCAGGAGUUUCAAUUUAAAGUUCGGGAUGAAAUGGCUCAUGUAACUGGACGUGUACUUCCAGCACCUAUGCUCCAGUAUGGAGGACGGAAUCGGACAGUUGCAACACCGAGCCAUGGAGUAUGGGACAUGCGAGGGAAACAGUUCCACACAGGAGUUGAAAUCAAAAUGUGGGCUAUCGCUUGUUUUGCCACACAGAGGCAGUGCAGAGAAGAAAUAUUGAAGGGUUUCACAGACCAGCUGCGUAAGAUUUCUAAGGAUGCAGGGAUGCCCAUCCAGGGCCAGCCAUGCUUCUGCAAAUAUGCACAGGGGGCAGACAGCGUAGAGCCCAUGUUCCGGCAUCUCAAGAACACAUAUUCUGGCCUACAGCUUAUUAUCGUCAUCCUGCCAGGGAAGACACCAGUGUAUGCGGAAGUGAAACGUGUAGGAGACACACUUUUGGGUAUGGCUACACAAUGUGUUCAAGUCAAGAAUGUAAUAAAAACAUCUCCUCAAACUCUCUCAAACUUGUGCCUAAAGAUAAAUGUUAAACUUGGAGGGAUCAAUAAUAUUCUUGUACCUCAUCAAAGACCUUCUGUGUUCCAGCAACCAGUGAUCUUUUUGGGAGCCGAUGUCACUCAUCCACCUGCUGGUGAUGGGAAGAAGCCUUCUAUUGCUGCUGUUGUAGGUAGUAUGGAUGCCCACCCAAGCAGAUACUGUGCCACAGUAAGAGUUCAGAGACCCCGACAGGAGAUCAUCCAGGACUUGGCCUCCAUGGUCCGGGAACUUCUUAUUCAGUUUUAUAAGUCAACUCGGUUCAAGCCUACUCGUAUCAUCUUUUAUCGGGAUGGUGUUUCAGAGGGGCAGUUUAGGCAGGUAUUAUAUUAUGAACUACUAGCAAUUCGAGAAGCCUGCAUCAGUUUGGAGAAAGACUAUCAACCUGGAAUAACCUACAUUGUAGUUCAGAAGAGACAUCAUACUCGAUUAUUUUGUGCUGAUAGGACAGAAAGGGUUGGAAGAAGUGGCAAUAUCCCAGCUGGAACAACAGUUGAUACAGACAUUACACACCCAUAUGAGUUUGAUUUUUAUCUCUGUAGCCAUGCUGGAAUACAGGGUACCAGUCGUCCUUCACACUAUCAUGUUUUAUGGGAUGAUAACUGCUUUACUGCAGAUGAACUUCAGCUGCUAACUUACCAGCUCUGCCACACUUACGUACGCUGUACACGAUCUGUUUCUAUACCUGCACCAGCGUAUUAUGCUCACCUGGUAGCAUUUAGAGCCAGAUAUCAUCUUGUGGACAAAGAACAUGACAGUGCUGAAGGAAGUCACGUUUCAGGACAGAGCAAUGGGCGAGAUCCACAAGCUCUUGCCAAGGCUGUACAGAUUCACCAAGAUACCUUACGCACAAUGUACUUUGCUUAAAUAGUCCAAGUAUAUUCUCUGAGAGGAAGUACUGAAAGAUGAAUUGACAUACAACGUAUGUUUCCAGUGGAGUCAAUUGAGUAAGGACACCUCCAGCCAUACAGAAACCCAACACUGUGUGGGGGCCAAGGUCUGAUCCUUAUGUUAAUACAAGGAAGAUUGUUUACUUCAUCAAGGAACACAGCAUCAUUAUGCAAUAUGAAACCAGCCAACUGCUUUUUGUGCGGUCUCCUGUAGGAAGUAUCGCAAUUGUUCUGUUUUCAUUUCUUGUAGUCUAACCCUUUUUAAUGCCUUUACCUCAAGUUGCUUGGCAGCACAACUAUCUUUGCAAAAAAAAAAAAAGUAAGGAAAAGUAAAUGAUGGUUUAAAAAAUACACACCUUCAUGAAUAAUCAAAGUGAUUUUUCAAAAUUAUGUGUGCAAAAAAUUAAUGUGCAUUCACAUAUUCUUGUAAAAGGUGUCUGUGUAUUUUAAAAAUAUAUACAUGCAUACUUCAUAUGCAUAUAUAUCUAGAUCUGGAUUAAUAAUAGAUAUAUAUGUCUGUGUAUAUAUUUUAUAGUUCAUUCCAUUGGGGAGCUUUCUUUCCCUUUUAUUUUACCCCCACUUACCACCUUUAUUUCUCUUAUUUCCCUUGCCUUCAUCACCUACAUUUUUUUCCUAAUGCUACCAGUGACAUUCAAAUGUUCACAUAUCUGGUUCCUUUGAAUGUAAAAUAUGGCAAACUA